GGAAUAAGUUGUGCGAUAGAACAGUAUACAGUGCGUUAGUGCAACAUGGCCCCAACACCAUAUAUUGUCAACAAUGAGUACAGUGAAGAACCCAUCUCAAGAACAUAUCAGUAUAGAAAAGUUAUGAAGCCAAUGCUUGAAAGAAAACGUCGUGCAAGAAUCAACAGGUGCCUUGACGAACUUAAGGAAUUAAUGGUCACAGCUUUGCAAAGUGAAGGAGAAAAUGUCUCCAAGCUAGAAAAAGCUGACAUUCUUGAGUUGACAGUGCGUCACCUCCAUAACCUUAAAAGACAACACCAACUGAUCUUACCCCAAGAGCAAGGAUAUGCCGAUCGUUUUAGAGCAGGUUUUACCCAGUGCGCUCAAGAAGUCACUCACUUUAUCACUACCCCAAAUGAAAUCAUCGAACCAUCGGCUGGAAGGAAGCUUCUCCAACAUUUGGGAGCCUGUGUAAGGCAAUUGGACUGUGUGCAACAAAACAUGCAGAUGCAAUAUCCCCAGCAAACGUUCACACCUCCAAUCUCCCCCGGGAAUAACACCGAAGUUAAAAAUCCUCCUGCUUCUAUGUGGAGACCAUGGUGAUCAAAUUUUCCCAGUGAUUUAAAUAGUGAAAUUCAGCUUUAUUCCAAUUAUGGACCAAAUUUUUUUAAAUAAAUAAGUGUU